UCCGCCUUUUUUAUGCAGCUGUUGGAUUUCAGAGAUUUAAAGCGUCGAGUAUUUCAUGAAAAUUUUGUCAAAUUUAAAAGUCUUCAAAAUUAAACCAUCAAAUUGAUUUAUGAACAUUUUAAUAAUUGAAAUUUCGUUUUAAAUGUAAUGCUCGCUCAAUUGUUUGGAUUGUAUUCUAAGGUGUAGUGAAAAUGUCGGAUAAAGUGUGUAUUUUGUGCAAACACCCUACCGAUGAUAGCCUUCAAUUUGGCGAAAAAAUUACUUGUGAAGAUGUAACAGCACAUUUAUAUUGUUUGCUGUUAACAUCCAACUUGGUGCAGAACGGCAAUGACGAUGAAGGAAUAAUAGGAUUUUUACCAAUAGAUAUCAAGCGGGAAGUCUCUAGAACCAAAAAACUUUUCUGCCACUACUGCCAUUCAAAUGGAGCAACAAUUGGUUGUUGUAAGAAGUCGUGUCGGCAUUCGUUCCAUUUACCAUGUGCACUACAAAAUGACUGUCGUUUUGAAUUCCAAGACCCAUUUCAAUCGUAUUGUGAUGCACAUCACAAUAUAAAGAAACCAAAAAAUGCACACAAACCAAGUGACUUAUGCACAAUUUGUUACGAGGAAAUGGGUGAAUAUAAUCCAGUUCGAUCGAUUCCAUUACCAUGUUGCAAUAAAAAUUCUUGGUGUCAUAAAUUAUGUUUGCAACAGUAUGCUCAAACAUCCGGAUACUUCUUAAAAUGUCCACUUUGCAAGGAUUCGGAUACGUUUCGAGAAUGGAUCACACGACGCGGCGUUUUUAUUCCAGAUAGAGAUGCAAAAUGGGAGGGCGAUGAAAACGGUCCGAAUAGUUUUUAUGGUUUCGAACAUCAUUCAGAACGGCCAACGAAUGAGUGUGAAGCUGAAAUCUGCAGAUGUCCAAAAGGUCGAAAGUAUCUCGUUGACUCAGAAAAAAAUAAAUAUUCAAUGCUUUAUUGCGAUCAUUGUGGCUCACAUGCUAUUCAUUUGGGCUGUUUUACCGGAAAAGAUUUCUUGUGCGAUGAAUGUACAGCGAUUGAAAAGGUGCGCCAAGAGAAUGCUGCCAAUUUAUUGAAAACACAAACUCAAAAGAGGCACAAUGAUAUCGUGGAAAUUGAAAGCGAUACUGAAGAACGUUUUGGAUCAUUUUCGUCAAUUGAUAGGAUGUUGAUCGCCAAGUAUAAGCUGCGAGAAUUCAGUAUUUGCCUAAGACGUUUGACAGCAAAAGAUUUGGGUUUCAAGCUCGAACCGUCUAGUAGUAAAUCCGAUAUAACAGAUUCAAAUGAUGGCAGACAAACAAAUGACAGCUUCAGCGAUAUUCAAACAAGUUCCAGUGAUGAAAGUGUAAUCAACAUCCAAAAUAAAAGAUCAGCACCCAGCGGCUUCGAUUCAGAUAGUGAUGAUGAAAGGGAUCUUACACCGAAACCAGCAAAACGCACUCGCAUUUUGCCACGAAAUCAAUUUUUUGAUUCAGAUGAUGAUGAAGACCUGAUUUUUAUUGACAUAAAUGAUAAUUCGAAGGACAUACCAUCAUCCAAUCUCACAAUAACAGAAGAUUCUUCACAUGAACAAUCAUGUAAACAGGUGUCAGCUGGCUUGAGAGUUCGUCAGCUUUCUAGCAGUGAGGAUGAUAAUCAUAUUAAACCAACAAACUCGAAAAUUCAGACGUUUUUCGACACUCCCGAUGAACAAAUGAUUGACAAGGAAAAUGAACGACCAUCCAAAUCUAUUGCAGUUGUUCGACCAUUUUCAAGAAUCGAAUCUUCAGCGGAUGAUAACAUUAAACCUGACAAGUUAAGCAUACAGUCACAUCCAAGAUUCUCGAGCACUGAUGAGCCACACGAUAAUUUUACUGCUUCUAAUCAAAUGGAAAUUGGUGAUAAUCUGAGUCCAUACGAAAAUCAAACCGUAACCAAUUACGUAAAACAAAGUCCGGCUAAGAGAAAACAACACACUGUUUCGUCAUAUUUCCGCGAUACAACGUCAUCGGAUGAGGAACCAGUUCCACGUAAAAUCCGGAAAAAAUCCCCGAAAAAACCACGCGCUCAGUUAGAACUGGCACCAAAUCAAUCAACUAUUAUACACUUCUUCAAAAAGCAGUCAAACCAAACUAAUUGAAAUGUCGCAUGAAAAACAAUUGUGUGGGCAUGUACCACUUGAAAUAUUUAAAAAUUCACUAGCAUGUCGAAAUGAAGUGCACUUUUAAAAUAAGUACAUUUUUUGAAGAGCAUGGUAAAAACUUUUGCGAAUUCGCAUUCGUUUAUUGCACAAGUUUUUAUCCGACUUUUUUUGUUUAAAUAAAGAAUGUUUUUUUUUUCUAAUUUUAUAAAAAGGUAUACCUUUAUCAGAGCAUGAAAUUUAAAAUGUUGCAGCAAUACUAAAUUCUAGUAUUGUCUUUAAAAAAAGACUAAAUGAAUAAAGCGGGUUAAAAAAAAGAAA